AUGUCUGUUGAACAGUACUCUCUUCCAAAGCUCCCCUACGCCUACGAUGCCCUCGAGCCCAGCAUCUCGGCCCAAAUCAUGGAACUCCACCACUCCAAACACCACCAAGCCUACGUAACCAACCUCAACGCCGCCCUGCAAACCUACUCAACCGCCACCGCCUCCGCCGACGUCCCCGCCCGCAUCGCCCUGCAAGCCGCCAUCCGCUUCAACGGCGGCGGCCACAUCAACCACUCCCUCUUCUGGGAGAACCUCACGCCCCAGUCCUCCCCCGAUUCCAAGCCCGAGGCCGCCCCGCGUCUCGUGGCCGAGAUCGCCAAGGUCUGGGGAAGCCUCGAGGCCUUCAAGAAGGAGUUUUCGGCGGCGUUGCUGGGGCUCCAGGGGAGCGGGUGGGGGUGGCUCGUGAAGGAUAAGCUGGGGAGGUUGGCUAUCGUGACGACUAAGGAUCAGGAUCCCGUUGUGGGUGGGGAGGUGCCAAUUUUUGGGGUGGAUAUGUGGGAGCAUGCGUAUUAUCUACAGUACUUGAACGGAAAGGCGGCCUAUGUUGAGAAUAUCUGGAAGGUUAUUAACUGGGCUACGAGCGAGAAGCGGUUCAAUGGCUCUCGGGAAGACGUCUUUCAGGUUCUAAAGGCUGCUCUCUAA